CUCACACCACCAAAGAGUGGACACAAAGUGUGAUAAAGUGGUCAAUUGAUUGUCACACUUGUUGUGGACACCAAUGAAAGGCCAAUAUCUCUGAGAUUACGGCGAUAUUGAGAGCCAAUCGACGAUUAUUGAAAUCUUUUGUUAUUUAUUGAAAGCUUUGACUCCAAAGAGAUUUGAAAAACCAGAAAAACUUUUGAUCCAAUUCUUGAGAACCGGAUCUGAAGUGCGAUUAAAGUCAACGUCACUCGUCUUACAUAUACAAAUCUCCUCAUCUCUCGACUCAUCACUACUUUUUGUGUUUCAUAUCUUUUUCACAAAACUUUGACAUUUCUUCCAAAAAAUCAUUUAUCGAUUGAAAUAAAAAAUAAAAAUUUGUUUUUCAUAAUUACUAAACAAUUUGUGGAGAAAUAUCACAAUAAAAAUGUUUGGUUUGUUUGGGAGACUUGCGAUCAGGUCUUUGACGAGACAAACCGUUUCGACAGCUUUUGCCAAACGAGUGGACAAUCGAUUCGUGAAUUUGGACCCGUUUUGGAUCCAAUCCGCAAAGCAUUCCGUGUAUACUUCAGACACGUCUCUGAAGGACAGCGAAGUGGAGGCCAUUGAGACGAUUAAUGUGGAGCGACAGGAACUGAUCGCUUUCGACGAGACGUAUCGCCGCCUUUUCAAGGAUAUGAUCCCGAAGUCCAAUGAAUUGGAAUUAAUUCAAUCUUUUCGAUGGAUAGAAAAGGUCGUUCAAUAUAACGUUCCGAAUGGCAAAAGAAAUCGCGGAUUAGCUCUUGUCAUGUCUUAUAGACUAUUGGCACCGAUUAGGGAUCAGACGCCUGAGAAUCUAGAAUUGGCCCGAAUUCUGGGAUGGGCUGUGGAACUGCUUCAGGCAUACUUCCUGGUCAUCGAUGAUCUCGUCGACCAAUCCAUCACUCGAAGGGGUCAACUCUGUUGGUAUCGACAGGAUGGCGUCGGACUGACCGCUUGUAACGACGCUAUACUCAUCGAGUCGUGUAUUUAUUAUUUAAUUAAACACCACUUCAAAGGGAAGCCGUAUUACACCGAUGUUCUGGACCUUAUGCUCGAGACGACUCGUUUCACGUCUUACGGCCAGUGUUUGGAUCUGUUGUCUAACCCUCCGGGGAGGGGACGAAAGCCGGACUUUAACUCAUAUACGGCUGAACGCUAUUCAGCGAUCGUUAAAUACAAGACUGCCUUUUACUCGUUCUGUCUUCCCGUGCGUUUGGCUAUGUUUAUGACCAAUUGGUCGGAUCCGACCGCACACACAGACGCCGAGAAAAUUCUUUUAAAAAUGGGUCACUUUUUUCAAGUGCAAGACGACUAUCUCGACUGUUUCGGUGAUCCCGAAGUGAUUGGCAAAGUGGGCACUGAUAUCCAAGACGGCAAAUGCUGUUGGCCUGUCAUCACUGCUCUCCAAACGGCGACCGCAGACCAAAGGAGACAACUUCAGGAUAAUUAUGGCGUCCACUCGACCGAAGCGGUCGCUCGAGUGAAGGCUAUCUAUAAGGAACUGAAUAUUGAGGAACGCUAUCGAGAGUACGAAGACUUUACUUUCAAUGAGAUCUGUCAUCUCAUCGAUCAGUUGACGCUUUCAUCAAAAAUUCCCAAAAAUAUUUUUUAUGGAUUUUUAACUAAAAUUCACAAAAGAAACAAAUGA